AUGGACGACCUCCUCGACCUCAACUUCACCUCCCCCUCUUCUACUCCCAACCACUCCUUCCGCCCUUCCUCCGCAAAACCGUCCACCUCGCUCGCAUUCGACAACCUCUCGAAACCCGCCGGCAUACCCAACUACUACUCCGGCACCGGUAUCUCUCCCCUCCCGUCUCGCUCGCACACGCCUCAGACUGCUCCAGUACCCCAGCUGGCGCGUCUAGGUCAGCCACCAAGACCGACAAGCGGGUCUGGGGAUCGCGCGGCCAAACCGUCAACUCCAGCCCUCCAACCGCCGACGGAUGCGUUCAGCUCGUUGCUCUCCCUCGGACCGUCGAGUGGGAGUAAUGGGAAAGAGAGUAUGGCGGAGAGGGCGAGGCGGCUAGAUCAGGAAAAGCGGGAUAAGGAGGAAAGGGAGAAGAAGCAGUUUGAUAAUGGGGAUUUCUGGGACAAGUUUGGCGGGGGACCGGCGAGUCAGCCGGCUAGGAGCUUGGGAGACGCGUCAAAGGGGACAUUCUGGGAUAUGGAGGCGAGCCUUUCGUCCCCGAAACCAAGCUCAACUUCGUCCAGGGCGUCGCUUGCUCCACACGCGCCUCAGCAGAUCUCAAGCAGGACGACCGCUCCUAUCGACCCCUUUGACUUUGACCUGCUCGGUGGAGGGCCUUCAACAUCGUCCACGAGCUCGCAUCACACGGCGAUCGGUCCCAGAAACGGAGCGAGCUCUCCAGCAAGGGGAGGAGGUGAUGAUGAUGUCCUGGGAGAUCUGGCCAGGCCGACACCGACAGCGAAUACAUCUUCUCGCCCACCUCGCGUCACCACCCGCCCAUCCUCUCCCCCACCUCAUAUCGUCGGCCAGAUCGUCGAGAUGGGCUUCUCUGCCGCUCAGGCUCGUGCGGCACUUGCCAAAACCCCUUCCGGGCUGGACGUGUCCGCCGCCCUCGAACUUUUACUCGGCGCGGGCACUACCUCUCAAGCGCAGGACACGGGUUCAAGCCGGGAUCAUCCGCCCGAGGAUGAGGAUGAAGAAGAGGAAGACUUUAUCCAGCGCGAGCGGGAGCAGCGGGAAGAAGCCGAGCGGGAACGACGUCGAGCUCGACGGGCUGGUCCGUCUCGCGAUGCCAUAUCCGCUCGGUCCAAGGAUGAGAUCCGCUCGGCCCAUACAUCUGGAAGAGGGACUCCGGAACUGGGGGAACAGGCGGAAAAGUAUCUCGCACAGGCUAGUGAGAUAGGGACGAGCGUACUGAGCAAGGCUACGUCGCUUUGGGCGACCGGGAAGGAGAAGGCGCAGAAGCUGUAUGAGGAGCAGAAGAGGGCGUAUGAGGCACAACAGGCGGCCAAGGAGGCUGGAGAGGCCAGGAGCGGGAGGGAAGCAAGGACAGGUGGUAGGGAAGUCAGGGAUGGGAGGCCGAGGUGGAUGGUAGACGCGGAGGCGAGCGGGGCCGAGGGGGAGGAAAGGGAGGAAGGGGCCGGAGGCGGUUUCAGGGACGAUGAUGAUAGUGAGGAGGAGCUACCUGCGCCACCAUCACCGCCCCAGGAGACAUAUCGAUCUGUCAGGGAGCGCGCAGACCUGCUCUUUGCCGAAGAGACUCAGCCAUACGUCCCCGCAUCACGCCGAAAAACACCUACUCCCUCGGCGCCGACCUCGGUCCCAUCGAGACCCGCUCGGGCUGUCACCUCUGCCCCGCCCGUACUGGUACAACGGCAGCUCGUACCCGCUUCCUCCACCGCUGUCGAACGCGCAGCCGCAGCCAAGGCGAAAGGGAACGGCCACUUCAAGCUCGGCCGCUUCUCCGAAUCCCAAUCAUCCUACACUUCCGCAAUCUCCUCUCUGCCGGAAGGCCACCUCCAUCUCGUCGCACUGCACAACAAUAGGGCGGCAUCCCGGCUCAAGCUCGGUCAGUCGGACGGCGCGAUCGAGGACUGCGGGAUAGUCCUCGCUAUCAUCGGCCCGUCAUAUCACCCUUUCAAAGAGGCGCAACUCCCUCCCGAGUACGCCGACGUCAAGCUCGCCGAGUCGAUGGGCAAGGCCCUGAUCAAGCGGGCGCAGGCGUACGAGAUGGGUGAGAAGUGGAAGAAGGCGCUAGAAGAUUGGGAGAAGGUCAUGGGACUCGACGCGGUAUUUUUGGGAGCGGGCACAGCUGGUCAGGGGACCAAGAACAUGGCGGCAGAAGGAGCGAGGCGGGCGCGGCAGAUGCUGGAUGGUGGUGAGCCCAUCAAGGCUGCUCCUCGGCCCAAUGGGAAUGCCGCUCGCGUACCGCCAAAACCUGCACUCAAGCCAGCAGCUCGGUCAGCACCUUCCACCUCGGCACCCUCGACGGCGGUAAAAGAGCUUCGGCAAGCCAAUGCCGCGCAGGAGAAGGAAGAUGCGGAGCGGCUUCGUCUGAAAGAUGCCGUCGAGUCGAAGCUCCUCGCUUGGAAGUCGGGCAAGGAAACGAAUCUCCGAGCACUGAUUGCGAGUUUGGAUACCGUGCUUUGGGAAGGGAUCAUGGGUGGCGUCAAGGUGGGGAUGCAUGAGUUGAUCACCGAAAAGCAGGUCAAGAUCCGGUAUAUGAAGGUGAUUGCUAGACUGCAUCCAGAUAAGUUGGAUGUGAAGAGCACAACGGUCGAGCAGAGGAUGUUGGCGAAUGGGGCUUUUGGGACGCUGAACGAGGCGUAA